CAAGCACAACCACUUUUGAACCGUAUAUUUUAUACUCCAAAUGCUGCAUUGGAUGGUGUUGCUGUAACUGCCCUGGCAAGUUAAAGGACAAACAUUUUAGUACUCCCUUCUUAAGCUGUUAUGCCUAUGAGCUCCCUUGAUUAUUAAUGGAAUAAUAUUUGUUAAAGUAGUCUACCAUGGUCAAAUCAAUACCAAAGCGUCUUGAAAAGACACCACAGCUGACCCUUUAAGAUAUUUUGUUCCUUUCAAAUGAGACACCAUUUUAGGAGCACAGUGGCAGUGCCUUGUUCUGUCCAAGACUGUCCAUAAUUAAUCCCACCGAUCAAAGGAAAUGUGAUCCUAAGAGAAAAUGUCUUUUGAGAAUCCCCAGGUGCUAAGUACCGCGAAUUGCUUCCCAAUCUGUUCUGCAGCCUCUCAGCACAGUAUGCUGUGUGGUGCCCUUUGGGAUCAUCAAACAAGCCCCAUCGUGGAGCUCUCGGCCAAAAUACCCCCCGUGAGACAGUCAUUAGAUAUUUAUCACAUAUUUAUUAUUGCCAUCAAAUCUUUCUUAUUUUUUUCUGGUCAGCCCUUUAUUAUUACACGGAUCUCAUUUAUUUAUAUAGCAUAAUUUAAUACAAAGUAGGGGCAGAAUCCUGCCCUAUAACGUCCUCUGUACUGGUAAGGCAGGAUAGGUAUCACUGUGAGAAAGGGCUCUGCACCCAAAAUACAGUAUUCUUUCUCCCUGUGUCCUGUGAGAGGAUUUGUGUGACACAAGGCUCCACUGUCACUGCAGCAGGGAGGGAUAAAGCAUAUCUCCAGGGGAACAGCAGUCCAGAGCAGCUUCAUUGUCCCCUGGAUCAUUCUAGAGCGUGAGCAUUUCAGCACAGCUCUGGAGGCAUCUGGGUUACGCUGCCAGGCUGGUGCCUGGUGACCCUGUAUCUUGGGGCUACAGCUACUACAGUCACUUUCACCAAGUUCCUGUAACUUCCCACUGCUGCCUGGCAAACCCCAGUCUGCUUUGGCUAAGGUCUCAGAGGAAGAGAAGAGGAAUGACUGGAAAAGAUCUAUGAGUCACUUUGCAUGAGAAACGAUACCAGGUGCCUGUCAAAUUCCUGCCAAAAGAACUCUACGUGCGCUGCUGCUCACAGGGACAACACUUGCCGUUGUGCAGAUGUACCACCUGACACUAUGGAGGAACUCUGCAAUAAAACCUCUGAUCCUUGCUCCUCAAACCCUUGUCUUCAAAAUGCUACCUGCUUAAGCUCUCCUGGAAACCUCAGCUUCACUUGUGAGUGCCCCGCUGGGUAUAAUGGGACUACUUGUGAAAGAGCCGUCAGCGUGUGUGACACAAACCCCUGUGAACAUGGAGGCACCUGCCAAAAUGGCGUGGCUGGGCCCACCUGCCUUUGUAGCGCAGGUUACACAGGUACUCUCUGUGAAAUGGAUUUUGAUGAAUGCAUUUCUGAACCAUGCCACAACGGAGCUGUGUGCAGGGAUGGGGUCGAUGAAUACUCCUGCUACUGUGUCCCAGGCUAUCAAGGCAAGCACUGUGAUCUGGAAGUGAAUGAAUGUGUGUCAGAUCCGUGCCUGAAUGGCGCAACGUGUCUCAACCAGAUAGGAAAGUACGACUGCGUCUGCCCACUUGGGUAUACAGGUGCGAACUGCGAGCUGGAGAUCGACGAGUGCCUGUCGCAGCCCUGCCUGAACGGCGCGACCUGUCGCGAUGCCCCGGGCGGCUUCUCCUGCUCCUGCGCUCCCGGCUUCCAGGGCCACCGCUGCCAGCACGACGUGGACGAGUGCGCCAGCCUGCCCUGCCGGCACGGGGGGCGCUGCCACGACCGAGCCGCAGGGUACAGCUGCAACUGUACCGGUACUGGAUUUAUGGGCCUGCACUGCGAGACGCUAAUUCCCUUGUGCUGGUCACAACCCUGCUACAAUAAUGCCACUUGCGAGGACAGCGCUGACAGUUAUAUGUGCCACUGCUGGCCAGGCUAUACUGGUGCCCGAUGCGAGACCGACAUCAGCGAGUGCAGCAGCAACCCGUGCCCCGCCGAGGCACAGUGCGUGGAGCGCUCAUGGGCGCGCUGGUACGGCAGCAUCCCAGUGCUGCCCUCCCACUUCAGCUACGACAAGGCAGAGGGCUACGUCUGUAGCUGUAAACCGGGACUUACUGGUAUUCACUGUGAUGAAGACAUUAAUGAAUGUUACAUGAACCCUUGCCAAAAUGGUGGAAUUUGUGAGAAUUUUCCUGGGAAUUACACUUGCCAUUGUCCACCUGCAGACAAAGAAGGGAUUUAUUAUGGUGGCUGGAACUGCACAGAAAUUCUCCAUGGCUGUACUGAUCAGCAAUGCCAAAAUAAUGGAAUUUGUAUCCCACAUUUAAAAAAUGGCCAACACGGAUUCAGCUGCAUAUGCUCACCUGGAUAUACUGGAAUACACUGUGAAACCGUAACUACAUUUUCUUUUCAAGGAAACAGUUUCCUUUGGUUGAAGAAUCCCACGACCCCUAAAAAGCAAUCUUUCUAUAAUGUAAACCUGAGGUUUCAGACUGUGCAACCCACAACCUUUCUGUUUCAUCGAGGGGAGAAAGACACAUUCGUGAAGCUGGAGUUACUGAAUGGCUACUUACACUUGUCUGUGCAAGUCAAAAACCAGCCACGGGCUCUUUUGCAUAUUUCACAUAAUGUCAGUGAUGGAGAAUGGCAUUCAGUGGAGGUAACCUUGGCAAGAGCUGUUACUCUUAAUUUACUUGACAGCUCUUGUGCAGAAUCAUGUGUCAAUAAAACUUCUUCUAUGAUAGAUAAUGAUCACGUGAGGCUUGCAUUUCAGAGCACAUUUUUGGGCAGCUUACCAGUGGGGAACGUUAGCAGCAGCUCUCUACUUAACAUCAAUAAUAUACAUUCCACACCUUCAUUUGUAGGCUGUCUUCAGGAUAUUGAAAUAGACUUGAAUGUUAUUACUGCAGAGAAUGCAUCACCUGAAUCAUCUUUAAAUGUCAAGACAGGAUGUACUAAAAAGGACUGGUGUGAAAACCACCCCUGUCAGAAUAGGGGACGCUGCACCAACCUGUGGCUGAGUUACCACUGCGAUUGCUACCGGCCUUACAGAGGGCCCCGCUGCUCAGCAGAGUAUAUUCCAGGCCGGUUUGGAUCUGAGGACUCCUCAGGCUAUGCUGCUUUUUCUGAUGCCAUUCAGAAUGAAAAUCUGAAUAUAUCAAUGUUUGUCCGAACACGCAAAUCUUCUGGCUUGUUACUGGCUUUGAGAAACAGUACCUCCGUCUACAUAAGAGUCUACUUAGAAGGUGGGAAACUCACAGUGUUAGCUCUCAAUUCCAUAAAAUUAUUAGGGAAACACUCUAUGAAUGAUGGAAACUUCUACUUAAUAAUGUUAAAAAUAGAACCAAAUAAGAUUGAACUGUUCCAGUCCUCUCAAUACCUAGGCUUUAUUUCUACUCCAGUACUAUCCACCCAGCGUAAGAAAAUUCUUUACAUCGGAGGCCUACCAGAUAACAGAGAAACUAAUAGAAAUGGCAGGUAUUUCAAAGGCUGCAUCCAAGAUGUAAGAGUGAAUAACCAGCCACUGGAAUUCUUCCCUGUCAUCAAUUCUCAGAAUUCUUUUAUCAACCGAACCCUGAUCAAUGUCACCCAAGGCUGCAUGGGUGACAACCUCUGCAAGUCCAACCCUUGCCAUAACGGUGGCGUAUGCUAUUCACUCUGGGAUGACUUCACUUGCACAUGUCCCCCUAAUACAGCAGGGAAAGCAUGUGAGGAAGUUAAGUGGUGUGAGCUUGGGCCCUGUCCUCCUGAAGCACAAUGCCAGCUGGUGCACCAAGGAUUUGAAUGUCUUGCUAACGCAGUGUUUAGCGGCCGAAGCAGUGCGAUAUUUUACAGAAGCAAUGGAAAAAUCAGCAGAGACCUCACCAAUAUCGUAUUUGGCUUUCGAACUAGGGACACAGAUGUGAUACUGCUGUAUGCAGAGAAGGAGCCAGAGUUUGUUACCAUCAGUAUUCACAACUCCAAACUACUCUUCCAGCUGCAAAGCGGCAACAGCUUUUAUAAGCUGACCCUCGCUAGUUCACUGCCUGUGAGCGAUGGGAAGUGGCAUCAGGUGAUGGUCUCUAUGGUGGAGCCCCUGUCCCAGUUCUCGAGGUGGCACAUUGAUAUAGAUAACAAGAAAGACACUGCAACUAGCACAACUGCCACAGGAAGCCUCAACUUUUUAAGAGAAGAGACAGACAUCUAUGUGGCUGACAAGGCUUUUGACAGUCUGGAUGGCCUGCGAGGAUGUAUGAGCACCAUAGAAAUCAGUGGCAUUUAUCUCUCAUACUUUGAAAAUGCUGCUGUCCACACUAAAAAACCUCAGGAGGAACAAUUUCUCAAAAUAUCUGCAAACCCUGCUCUUACUGGCUGUUUGCAGGUGGAUGCCUGCAGCUCAGAUCCCUGUAUGCAUGAGGGGACAUGUGAAGACUUCUACACCUCCUACCGCUGUGUGUGUGCCCAGGGAUGGACCGGCACCCACUGCGAGACCAACAUCGAUGAAUGCUUUUCCAACCCCUGCGUUCAUGGAAACUGCACGGACAGGAUUGCCUCAUACGAGUGCAUUUGUGAACCCGGCUACACAGGGUUAAACUGUGAAGAGGACAUCGACAACUGCCGUGGCCACCAGUGUGCUAAUGGGGCCACUUGCAUAGACGGGAUUAAUGGAUAUUCGUGCCUGUGUGCUAGCAACUUCACCGGAAAACUUUGCAGGUACAGAAAAUUACCGCAUACAGUUUGUGGGAAUGAAGACAGAAAUCUUACCUGUUUCAAUUAUGGCAACUGUACUGAUCUCAGCGGUGAGCUGGCGUGUGUGUGCCUGCCGGGAUUUGCUGGAGAACGGUGUGAAAAGGACAUUGAUGAGUGCAGCUCUGACCCGUGCCUAAACGGGGGCCUCUGCCAGAAUUUGCUCAACAAAUUCCACUGCCUCUGCGACGUGAACUACGCUGGGGACCGCUGUGAGAUCGAUUUGACAACUGACUUGAUCUCGAACAUAUUCACCUCCAUUGGCUCAGUAAUGCUGGCCUUGUUAUUGAUCCUCUUCUUGGCAGUUGUGGUUUCAGUCAUUGCUGCCAAUAAACGGGCGACACAAGGGACCUACAGCCCCAGCCGGCAGGAGAAGGAGGGCUCCCGCGUAGAGAUGUGGAACAUGGUGCAGCCACCGCCGAUGGAAAGACUGAUUUAGAGGAAGGCUCUCCUCCAUCCUGGAAGACGGCUGAAUGGGGACAGUGUACAUAUGUUAGAUAUGUUCAUUUGCAUUCUGAUACUGGGAACACCUGCUACAAAGAUUACAAUGACUUUGGGCUUUCAGUAUUUUCAACAUUUUCCUUUUAAUUUCAAUAAUACUAAACAUCUCCUAGCAUUUACGUGAACCACUGCUAUUUAUCACCGUUUUGGACCAACCUGUCCAAGGACAAUUUUUAUUUGCACUGGAAACUUCAGCCUUGGUAAUCAGCAGUAGGCAUUACAGACAGUAAUGGUUUCUGGGAUACUUCUAAGUGCCUGUCUCAGACACAACACGAGUAACAAAACACAUCUCGUUUGUGUUUUCCUUUGCCUGCCUAGCAAUCACUGCUGCAGAAGGCAAUACAGACAAAUCAAAUAACCCUGCACCAUAGACUUCUAAUUCUGUUAUCAAAGGGUUUAGUACUAGAGCUGUGUCUCAGCAUAUCUACUUUCAUAUGUUAAUCAGGGAUUAAAAGGAAGCUGUGCAAGAACUCUCCAAAAUAAAUGUUUCAAACGUUAUUGGUUUUAUUUCCUCCAGUUCUCUCAUUUUCUCUGAAGCCUCUCCAUUUUCUACCAAAAAGAAUUUCACUUUCCACCUCCAACAAAUGCAUGCAUUUCUCUGAAUAUAAACAACUAUGUCCUGAAAUAUCCAGCAGACACAACCUGACCUUUUAGCAGACAUGAAAAUAAAACAUUCUAAGCAAAUUCUGCACAUGCAUACUACCACCAUUUUCUCAUUAUGAUUUUACCCGAUGGUCCAAACUAUUGCCUUUCCCAUCGCCAACAUAUAUUGGCUGCCAAAAAGGCAAGCAUGCUUAAAAAUGUUUCUCAAUGCUCAUGGAAAAUACCAGGAAGGCAGGAGCACUGGCUUGGAAAUAAUGAAAGAGCAUCUCAACAGUCCUGGAGUUCAGACAUCCAUAUAGGCACAGGCAAAUUAUUUUUUGUAUCCGCAUUUUCCUGUUUUGAAACAGGGAUAAUAUCACCGUAUUCCUCAGUAGCAAAAUUAUUGCAACUAUUUGUCAAAAAAAAAAAAAAAAAUAGCCACAAAUGUGUAGAAGGGAAUGGAUUAACUGGAAAAGUUUGGAAAACUAUUGUAAUGAAAGAGACAUUUGAAAAUCUUCAAGUCCAUUUAAUGAUCUUUCUUACAGAAGGAAAAGAUAUUCCAAAAAUAGACCCAGAUCAAGGUUUUUGUUUUUUUUUUUUGAACUGUUGAGGCAAAUUUUAGCACUAACUCAUCCAGCUGAUUUUCACACGUAGUGAAGAAAUUAAAGCACAAACUCAUUGCUCCCAUACAAAUUGAACCUACAAUAAAGAGGCAACAGAAUGGAAAGUUCAUGGUGGUGUUUUCUUUUUCUUGCAGCUCAGAUGAUCUGUUCCUGUGGUUGUGAAAUAUCCCAGAUACACACAUCCAACUUCCCAUGGUUAUUCCAGGAGUUGUAUUAUAGAGCACACACACUCAGUAUCCAUGUGUUUAAGUGAUCAUUUUAACUAAUGAUCAAUACAUAAUUUAUUUUCAAUGAUUCCCUUAAGGGAUUAUUUAAGAUCGAUGUCACUCAUGUCACUCACACGUAUUUCCUUGUUAGCUGAUUAGCAGUAAUUCUGAUAGCAAGCACUUUCUCUUUAUUUUUGAAGUCCUUACAGAUAUUUUUCAAAACAAGGCACUACAGUAGAUGGGAGUGGAUGGUAGAAUUCAAACUGAGUUAAAAGAGCAGAAUUUUAGAUGAGCAUAAUGCAGUAACAACACAAAUGCACAACAGAUUUUAUUCUAGCCCAGUUUGCAGCUUUACUACUGAAGCUUAUGAAUUUAAAUGCAAUCAUUGCAAAGCUGCAGUUUAAAUCCAGAGUUCAAAUGGCAAUAAGGAAAAAAAGAAAAAAGUUACCAAAAAUAUGGCAGUAAGAAAUAGAGAUUCAGAGAAGAUCUUUUUGAAUCAUGGCAUUAUGUAAUAAUUGAAACUCUUAGUUCAGCCCAGCACUUGCCCUGUGAGACACUGCCAAGUCAUAAUAAAGAAUACUAUAAAGUUUGUUUGGCACGAUCACUCCUCGAAAUACAUGCAUAUUUGAAGAAAAUAAGAGGUUGAUUUUCAGCGUGUACGGUUUGUGGUAGAUAAUGCUCAGCAAAUGAGACUGCAAAGAACGGUGUGUGAGGGUGAGCCAUGACAGAGGUGUGCUUUGUGCAGAUUCCUACACACGUGGCUUACGGCUCACUGAAAAAACAGAGACCCGAAGACGAGGCAGCUCUCUAGGCAGAGAUGGCAAAGAUGGUAAUGUGUGAGAACAAGAGGGCAAGCAAGAGGUAUGUGGACAAGAAGAGCUGAAAGGUUGCAGGCAGGGAAGGACUUGGGGACAGAGAGCUCUGAAAAUGAGGGGGAAACUAGAAGCAGGAAUUGGAACUGGGAGCAAGGAGCAGCAGUGGCUUUGAACUAGUAAAGCAGAUGCAGAGAAGAUGCUUCCACAUACCUGCUUUAUGUUCUUGCAUUUCUGCUCAAUGAUAAUGGUUGUAUAAGCUAAAAGGAGAAGAAAGAGGAAAGAAAAGAAAAAAAAAGUUAAGAUCCCAGUGAAUAAUGUAGAAGGAGAAAGAAAAAUAGAAAUAAACUCAGAGAAAGCAGCAGAAGGAGGUAAUAAAGAUUUAACUUUGAAGUCAACCCUUCUUUGAGCAGUAGGUUGGAGUAGAUGACCUCAAGAGGCUCCUUCCAGCCUAAAUUGUUAUAUGAUUCAAAGAAAAAGGACAAAAGACAGAAAGCACCUGAAGAUGGAGGUCAGUUUGCAUGGAGAAGUAACCUGAAGGAAAGUGUUAUUGUUCACAGUGAAAGACACAGCAAGAAUAAAGAAGUGGCUGGAAACUCAUUUUCUGUUCUGCUCAGUGGUUUGACUUUCUGGACGAAAUUUUGGAGACAGCGGGAAAACAAUCUGUAAUAAAACAUCCAAGAAAGUGUUGUCACGCAGAGAAUCUAUAGGGCUGAGAAAGAUACCCAGCAAUGGGUACAGAGAAAGGAAGAGACAGGAGAUGAAAGCCUGAAGAGUUUUCAUACAGACCAAAUAGAGCUCUGGAGGAACAUGCUACUAAAGUAUUAAAAAGACACCCAUAAAAGCACAAAAAAGGGAAAAUUCUCAUGGUGAAACAUGAGUGUGGUUUGUAGAAGGUAAGUCAGGGAGACAGAAGGCAGGGGAAAAGCCUUUAAAGUAGGAUUAGAAUAAAUCAGAAGUGACUGCUGUCUGUCUCAGCAGAGAGGAAAUGAUGAAAAUAGGAGUGGUGAAAAUUCACACAAAAGUAAGGGGAGAAAAGGGAAUGAAAGCAGACGACACUUGAGGAAGGUGGAGGUAAAAGCUGGAUUGCAAUCUUUCAAAUGCAGUGAGGGUGAAGCGGGGUGUUCAUAAUAGCGAGGCCAUGGAAAAGAGGACAGUGGUGAGUCAGGGCAUGGAAAUUGCCUACUGAGGCAGAUCGGUAUAGGGUAACUUCGAGGGAGGGAGUUUUAUUCCAAAUAGAGAUUAAAAUGUGAAAUAUUUAAAACCCUACUUACAAUCUUAUAAGAAACAAACAAGAAAGGGACCAAAGCUGAAUUAACGAAACAACAUCCAAAGAAGGCAGGGAGUCAGACUCUGCAGCUGAAAAAGCUCAACAGCAGCCUGGAGAAGCACAAAAAAGCCCAAAGCUGUGGCUAUUUAACAUGCUGUAGCAACCAUGGUGAGGAAGCCUGACCCUUUCAGGCCAUAUCUCAGCCAAGGAACAACAGUUAAAACAAAGGGGAAUACAUUAUACAGAGUGAAAUAACAUCUUUACUAAAAUUUAAGCCAAGGAUUAGGACUGAUAGAGCAAAUGCCAAGCCAUUUACUGCUUCUCAGCCCAGGGAUAUAACAGAAUAUGUAGAGAAGCACGGGCAUUCAGAGAAGAGCAAUAACAUAACAGUUGUGGAGAGAAUGUGUGUCUCCACACAGAAGACCUAAAAUAUUUUGAAAAUAUAUUUGCUAUCUCCUCAUUUGACUUUAAAGCCAAAAGUAAAAUAAUUUGUUCACAAUCACUUGCAGCCUACCCAUUCAAGGAACAAACACGUAAUAUGCUCCCAAGCGUUAUACAUUUGAACUUUCUCUUCACUUCUAACAGUCUUGUACAAAGGAGAAGGUGCUAAGGUAGAACACACAACCUGCUCUGUCUGAUUCCUCUGAAGAUGCACAGAAGCAUGGGAAGGAUGAAGCACUCCCCUUUCACUGUCCACUCCCUUUUCCCAUGGAAAGAGGUGAUAUCCAGCCUGCAAAGCAGCAAAGAGAGCCUUCUGACAGUUACAGGAGAAUUUACAUUAGCCAGAAUAUAAAUAUUGUGGCCAGAAUUCUGCCAGCUCAAAGUGAUCAUGGUGUAUCAUUGCAUAAUGUGCCUUCUCCACCUUAUGUAAAAUUAACCGCUCCUUCUCUGUAUAUACAUAGUAUGUUUAUAGCUUAGUUGGUGUAUUCAUGUUACUAUUUUGCUGUGUAAAUAUCAAAAUGACCAAUAAAUAAGGAUUAUAUUGAGCCACAUGCAACUUAUAUUUGUUGCUUUAUGAGACUGUUUCAUUAUUUCCUUUACAAAGGAAAUUAUCCUCAUGCCAGAACUAUAUAUGCAGUUUAAAAAGUCAGAUUUGCUGUUUAGAAUUGAGUGAUGGAGGAACAUUUUCCAUAUGUGGAAAUAAGAUGGAAGUGCUUUGUGCACAGCAACCUGCACAGUAACCUGCUGCAUCCUCUGAUGUCUGCACCCAUCGAUGGUACUGUGCUCAUCCAAGGGAGAGGUCCUGUGCCACAUCCCACGGUGGCAUGAAUCAAUACAGCUUCGGUGCAGCUAGUUUAUACAAUCCAAGAAUCUCAUGCUCUGCUUUUCACAUUACUGCACACUUUCCAGCACUGUGGACAAGUGUAGACAGAAAAAUGGCAGAGCAGCAAGAAUUUUCUUGACUUAAUGCAAGUCCCAUUUUCACAAGGUGCAUUCUGCUCACUCCAACAGUUUCUCUGCUACUUUUUCAAUAAAGAUCAAUAACCUCAGAAACCAAGGUUCUUACUGCCACAAAGACAGCAGCUAGCUGCAACUGAAAGGAUCCCCUUGGACAUAUCCAGCGACGGUAAUGCUUCUUGUUGCACUGCAAGCUCCCCUCCAGCCAGGCUGGUGAUGGCUGCAAUCCCUCCAUUCUGUUCCAGGGCUACAUCAAGCACUACUAGUUGUUCCUAACUAUAAAUGACUGAACAAUUUUGUAUUUUUCAGAAGUUUAAAUGAAGGUGCAUUUAUUGUUCAAAUGCACGAGUUAUUGUGGGAGUAUUUGAGUUUGCCAAGGGUCUCUAGGAAGUUUAAAUCAGUAGCAACCCUUAAAGAACAUCUCAAAAAAAAAAAAAAAAAAAACAAAAAAAAACACACCAUGCUUUGCCAUUAUUUUAGUAACUGGACACUAAAAGACUUUU